AUGUUUGGUGACACAGUUGAGCAGUCUAAAGUGAUGGUUGUUGCUGGUAAAGGAGGCAGAGUAAAUAAUGGUAAGGGUAAUAACAGCAAAAUUUGUAGUCAUUGUGGAAAAUCAGGACAUACAGUGGAUACAUGCUACAAGAAACAUGGAUUUCCACCUCACUUCAAAUUUACCAAACAGAAUCAAAAUAAGAAUAAAGUGUAUGUGAACGAUUCAGUCCACAAUGAUGAUGCAGAUCGAAAGGAAUUUGGACUGCUGAAGGAACAUUUGGGACAUCAGCAAUUUGGUUUCACUGAGGAACAAUAUCAAGGCUUAAUAGCACUCUUGCAGCAGUCACAAAUUUCUAACAGCAGUCAUGUGUCAAACCAAGUCUCGGCCACACUUGGACCUUUUGAUCAUUCUGGACAAAUUGGUAAUACCUCUUCUUCUUUUAGUUCUUGGGUUUUGGAUAGUGGUGCUACUGACCACAUUUGUUACUGUUUGUCUCAUUUUACCUCUUACCAUAAAAUUAAACCCAUUCAUGUCACAUUACCAAAUGGAAACAAGGUUGUUGCUAAUUAUUCUGGAAUAAUUUAUCACACUUCUUGUGCUUAUACCCCUGAACAGAAUGACAUUAUGGAGAGGAAACAUGGUCAUUUAUUGAAUGUAGCCAGAGCUCUGAUGCUUCAAUCUAAUUUGCCAAAAAUAUACUGGUCAUAUGUUGUUAUCCAUGCUGCCCACAUCAUCAACAUGUUACCUACUCCAAUUUUAAAGAAUUCUUCCCCACAUAAAAUGCUUUACAAAUCUGAACCCGAUUUUUCUCAAUUAAAAGUUUUUGGUUCAUUGUGUUUUGCAAGUAGCUCUCCUAUUCAUAGAACAAAAUUUGAUCCAAGAGCAUGCAAGUGUGUUUUUCUUGGUUUCAAGACGGGGACUAAGGGAUUUGUUUUGUUAAAUGUUCAGACUAGAGAAUUGCUUGUAUCAAGAAAUGUAAUAUUUCAUGAACUCGUGUUUCCUUAUUUUGAUUUGAAAAUGAAAAAUGAUCAAGUUAACAACAUUCCCCAAGAACAGGGUCAUUCUUCAAUUUUAGACCUUGAACCAAUCACUUGUACUCAUCAUCCUACUGAUGAUGGGACUAAUAUAUCUUCUUCUCCUCAACAUCCAAACACACACGUGGCUGUUUCAUCCAAUGAAGAUAACCCUGCUGAUAUUGCCAUACCAAUCUCUAAUAUUAGAAUGGGAAGACCACCUGGGUAUCUAAAAGACUAUUAUUGUAAUGUUAGCACUAUUUCAUCUUCACCAAAUUUUUAUCCAAUUUCUUCUGUUUUAUCCUAUAAAUGUCUGUCACCCACUUACACAUCUUACAUCAUGUCUUUGUCUUCUCAUGUUGAGCCAAGGGAUUAUAAUGAAGCUGUUAUACAUGACUGUUGGAAGAAUGCUAUUCAAGCUGAACUAUUGGCUCUCAAUGCAAAUCAGACCUAG